GGAGCCCCUGGUUGAUAGAGCCCACCACGGCAUCCCCUAGACCCCACUAUGUUCCUCUUUUCCCAUAAGACCAAGACCCCCAUCAGCACUUACAGUGACUCCUACAGGGCUCCUGCCUCCAUCAAGGAGGUCUAUAAGGACCCACCUCUGUGGGCCUGGAAAGCCAACAGGUUUGUGACUCCGGGCCUGACUCAGACUGUGCAGUGCCACGUGGAUCCUGAAGCCCUGCAGAAGAUGGUCAAGUGUGCUGUGCAGGACUACAGCUAUAAGAGUUCCAUACCAGGCCACCCCUACUUGCCUGAGAAAUACUGGCUCUCUCAAGAGGAAGCAGACAAAUGCAACCCAAACCACUUGUGCGGUAACCAGUAUAAUACAUGGAGGAUGGGACCUUACAACUGUAUGUGCUGGAACAAAUGUGCCACAUACCUUCCUUGGCUGCCUAAGGAGGCCGGGAUGGAGACAGUAGUUCGAGGAAUGCCCUUGGUGUACCCUCCUAAGCCGGAGCGACUCAACGCCUACGAGCGCGAGGUAGUGGUGAACAUGCUGAACCCGCUGUCACGGAACCAGCCGCUGCCGAAGAUCACGCCCCGCUGCAGGUGUGUGGACCCGCUGCUGGGCGGGCUGCCUUUCCAGGGUUAUGAAAGCGCUUUCUCGGGCCGCCACUACUGUCUGCGCGGCAUGGACUACUGCGUCACCGGGCCACCCUGCACCGAACGUCGCCUACGGCUUUUGCGCACAGAGCGGCCGACUGCAAGGAGUGUAUCGCCCUGCGAGCACCGGCCAGGAAUGCAAUGUGUUGUUAUAACUCCCCCGCCGUCAUACUACCCUUGUCCGAACCUUAGAUGGGACACAAGUCACUUCAAGAAGACCGGUGGCCCCCAGAGAAACAACUAUGUCGUCCACCCUGAGUUUGUGUCCGAGACCUAUCCUGACUACCACUGCCGGUAGAGCCCGGGCUGGGUGGGCCAAGGGGGCUGAACAAUAAAUAAAUUCUUCAUCCUAAAGGCUGCCUCUCAUGUCCUUACCCAGCAGGAUCUGGCAAUGAGGAGCCAGUCACUCAGGCCUCUGCCAAGCCCCCUCAACUGAGAUACACUUUCUCAAAGUUA